AUGUCGGAUCUUGACGAGAAGAAUUCAACCGGACCAGGUGCAGGAGACCCUGUCACUCCUCCUCCUCCUGCUCAUCAUCAUCAUCACGAUCCUAUCCCCGGAGAGAUUCCCAUCCCUCACGGUCCAGUACCCGACUCCAGCGAUGCAGAUGGCGACGACGGCGACGACGGCGUCAUCGCCGGCACGACCCAGCACGAGCGCCGCAUCUUCGGCCACGUCACCCGCCCCGACGACUCUUACACUCCAGAGGGCGUGUACUGGGCUGACCUGCCCCUCCUCAGCCGCUUCGGCUUCGUCUCAAAGGUCGACCGCGCCGCCGCCGCCCAGGAGCUCGGCACCGUCGGCUCCAUGAUGAGGAAGGACCCCCUCUCCCCCGUCGGCUGGUACCUCCGCAACGCCGUCAUCCCCGGCGCCGGCCUCGGUCUCGAGGGCUACGUCCUCUUCUCCAUCGGCAACCUCGAGCCCCUCUUCGCACUGGUCUGGCCCGCCUGCUGGAGCGACAACACCGUCUGCUCCAAGAACUGGGUCGCUGCCGUCACCUAUCUCGAGAUCAUCGGAAUCAUCUGGGGUCUCACCCUCGAGGGCUGGGUCAUCUGCUACGCCUGGUCGCUCUUCUUCUACAGCGUCGGCGUCGGCGGCGAGUACCCGAUCACGGCCACGUCCUCGCUCGAGAACUCGGUGGCGGCCGGCCGGCUGUCGACGCGCGAGGACCGCCUCCAUCGCGGCCGCCGCGUCACCAUGGCCUUCCUGAUGCAGGGCUGGGGCCAGUUCGUCAACCAGGUCAUGCUCAUCGUCCUGCUCGUCAUCUUCAACUCCGGCUCCAGCCAGGCGCCCUUCUCCAAGCUGGCGGCCCAGUUCACCUUCCGGCUCUCCUUCGCCUUCCCGGCCGUCGGCACGCUCUGGCUGGUCUACUACCGGACCUGGCGGAUGCCGGACGCGUCCCGGCAGCUGGCCGAGGCCAAGUCGCGCACCAACGUGACCGGCUACGACGUCACCGCCCUCCGCUACUGCUUCACCUACUUCGGCCCCCGCCUGCUGGCCACGGCCGGCGCCUGGUUCUGCAACGACGUCUUCUUCUACGGCAACAAGCUCUUCCAGGGGCAGUUCAUCAAGGUCGUGUCCGACAGCCCGGGCCUGAUGACGACCUGGACCUGGAACCUGGUCAACAUCGUCGUCUCCCUGGCCGGCUACUACGCCGCCGCCCUGCUCAUCGACAACAAGCUGUACGGCCGCCGCACCAUGAUGCAGGUCGGCUUCUUCUUCUGCUUCCUCAUGUUCGUCAUACCCGCCUUCGACUACGACCACUACACCUCCCCGGCCGGCGUCCACGCCUUCCAGGCCAUGUACUUCCUCUCCUCCUUCUUCAACCAGUUCGGCCCCAACAGCGUCACCUUCCUCGUCGCCGCCGAGGUCUUCCCCACCCCCAUCCGCGCCACCGCCCACGGCUUCUCGGCCUGCGUCGGCAAGGCCGGCGCCCUGCUGGCCUCGAUCCUGUACAACUACAUCGACGACCGGACAAAGUUCCACGUCGUCCCCUGGUUCGGCCUCGUCGGCAUGCUCCUCACCUUCCUCUUCCUGCCCGACACCACCGGCCUCGACCUCAAGGAGCAGGAGCGCCGCUGGACCUACAUCCGCGCCGGACGCGACCACGACUACCACGGCGUCGCCGUCCACCCCUCCCACCUCUCCCUCUGGGAGCGCCUCCGCGGCGUCGGGAGGCACUACGACCCCCAGGCCGACUGGCGCUCCCGGAUCGACGACAUGCGCGCCGAGUGGGAGCGCGUCCAGUCCGAGCUCGGCCCCAAGGAGCGGGAAUCGCACGUCGGAGGCCUGCACCCCGCCACCGACGCGGACGGCAACACCACCACCGCCGGUACCGCCGCCCUCCCAGACGACGGAGAGUUCUCCCCCGAGAUUCACCAGUACUUUCUCCGUUCCAGUCCUAUGCAUACUACGACGAACAAGACGAAGGGUACCCCUGAUCCUUGA